AUGACACAAAUAUUUCUCAUGUUAUUAUCCAUUAUAAUGUCAUUUAUUUUCGUCAUUAUCUUCGUGUUCAUCGGAUGGUAUUUAGUAUGGAAGGUCUUCUUAAGCCGAUUCCGGUUCGUGAGGGAGUUGUUGAUGAUUAACAACAAUAAUAGCCAUCAAAGCGAUGACAACAACAGAUCCAACACAAGUAGUAAUCAAUUGCGACCAAAGAAGUCGAGGCAACGGAUCACUACCACAACCGCCACUAAUAGCUAAUCAUUAUAUCGUUUUUAAUUGCAUUUUUGUAUUAAACAAAUUGUUUUUUAACGUAAUUUAAAGACAGAUUUUUUAUUUUAAUUACUGAAAACUAUUUUUGAAUUCAAAGACCACUUAUUUUAUGUCC